AUGUAUUUCAUUAUUAUUUUAGAAAAAAUUAAGAAAAAUUUGCUUUUUUUUGCACCUGAAUUUAUUUUUGUUAUCUUAGGUAAAUAUGAUAAAGUAGAAGAAUAUUACAAACGUGCUAUUGAAAUAUAUAUAAAACAUUACGGUAAAAAUGAUCCAAAUGUUGCUAAAACAAAAAAUAAUCUUGCAUCGGCAUAUUUACGUGAAGGAAAAUAUAAAUUAGCAGCUGAAUUAUAUCAAGAAGUUUUAUCAAGUGAACAAUGUCAAAAUUCAACUAAUAAUUUAAAUACAACAUCGGUUUCAAUUCGAGAUGGUUCAACAGUAAUGACAACAUUAAAAAAUCUUGGAGCACUGUGUCGUCGACAAGGUUUCUAUGAACAAGCUGAUUAUAUUGAAUCAUGUGCAACAAAAUCAACUCAAGAUCCAGAAGCUAUCAAUCGUGCUUUACAUAUUUUACGACAGUUACGUAUCUAUGAUGAUAUUAAUCAAGGCACAAUGCGACGUGCUCAACAACAGCCACCUCCACAAGAAUAUGGACGAUUGCGUCGUAGUGGUUCAUUUCAAAAAUUACGACAAAGUAUUCGACGUGGUUCAGAAAAACUUGUACAAAAACUGCGUGGAACAUCGUCAACUGGUUGGAACAAUCAAUCAUUAAAUUCUUCACAAUAUCAACAACAAGAACAACAACAACAGCAGCAACAAGAUGAUAAUAAUAAUUAUGGUCCAAUGAAACGUGCGUCAUCGUUAUCCGUUUUAAAUAAUGUUCCAUUACAACAACAACAAAUAAACAGACCAUUGACGACGACAACCAAUUCAGUCGAACAACAGAAUAAUCCUUCAUUUAAACAACAAUAUCCAUCGACAUUUGGUGGUCGAUUGGCCAGUGCUGAAAAUCUUCAUUGA